CAGUGACAAGCUUGACGUGCUUGUCAAUGCCAUCUCGGCGAUGCAGGAGGCUGAGCACAUCGCGCAGACUCAGCGAGGCAAGAGGAGGAAGGCGAUGCAGGGCAUCCCCAACUUCGCUCCUCCUGAAGUAGACGCCAACCUGCUGGAAGCGCACAAGAGGCAAAUGCAGCAGCACUACAUGACCUUGCAGUCUCUGGGAGGUCAAGCCGCAGCACAGCCGGUGUUGGCCGCUCCUGCUGUACAGGCUGCAGCGAAGAAGCGGCAGGGGAAGAAGAGAAAAGCAGACGACGAGGACAAGGACGAUUCCGACAGCGGCAAGAACGAAGAGCCGAGCGCUCCAGCUCCACCAUCAGAAACUGCGGAGCAGGGCAAGAGUGAAGUUGCAGUUCCCGAGCCACCGCAGCCUCCAAAGGAGGCGGUGUGAGGAGGAGUUGUUGGAUGAUGCUGUUUGGAAAAAUUUGUUUGUGUUGAAUCGAAUGACAUCGAUGCUAUCAAUUGUUUUAUUAAUGAGCAUAGAAUGCCAAAAGAAAAAAAGUAAUC